AUCACCCGUCAUAAAUCACCGCCGCUGGAAUCGUGUCGGAUACUGCUGCCCUGAUUGCGCUUGCCGCACAUCGCCAACCUUGACCGCCACUACGAUGUCACGUCUUGCUUCCAGGCCGAUGAAUCCGCUACUGAGCGUCGGCUGCUCCUGGUGGGUGGCCCCGACAACAUCAGCGUGCUGUCAACCUGCGGUGCGCCGUUCCGCUCCCACACGCCACAUGCAUGCUACGAUCCCAAGGGGGACAGUACCAGAACACGCUGCAUAUCGGUACUCCGGGCGCGAGACCAGCCGAUCCUCCUUGCCACCAUCCUUUGCCCAAAGCGCUUCACCUGAUCAAGCUCAUGUUCACGGAGGGGAAGCAGCGCAGCUGAACCGCACUGAUGCGGACGUGACCGCUCACCGAGCGCGAAUGGCCGUGCAGCGCCAGAGUCGCCAAGCUGGAAGUGGAGACAUGCACACCGGCAGGGGUGCCACCGUCACAGCCCCAGCGCCGGAAUCCGCAAGCGUCCCCCAACCUUCCGUCUCUGCUUUUGAGACCUCGCCUGGACCAACUCCCGAGCGCGAGAUCUCUCCCGAAGAUGCUGCUUCGAAAGCGGGCACAAUGGCGAGGCAAGCGGAAGGUACAGCUUGCUCGUCCCUCAGCCCUAGCUCUCCUUCUGCGCCUAGAUCACAACAAGCCUCCUCUUCGUCUCAGCCGCAAUCGGUGCAAGCGGAGGGACCUGCUGCUUCGGUUCCGAUAGAGCCAGCAUCUGGCGAGACGGCGACACCGUCGAAGAUGAAGGCGGCGCCUCGCAAAGGCACUCAGCUAAAAGCUCAGAAGGCAGCAAUUUCUCUGGUGAGUUCCAAAGUUUUCUUUGAUUUGAGAACACUGGUGAGCUGAUUGCGCAAUUUGUUGCGUAGACUCCAACCGCCGUUGAGCGACUGCAGUCGCUGCUUCACGGGUCUCAAGGGCCGCGCCUGAUCAGAAUCGGGGUCCGUAACAAGGGCUGCGCUGGCAUGA